AUGCAUAUUCAGCAAUGCCUUCCAUCUAUAGUCUUUCUACAGAUUUUUAUUCUAAUUAUUGAUGCUCACAAUGUAUCGAGAACUGAUUUAUCUAAAUGCAAGUUAUCUCAACUUGGAAGCGAGUAUAAAGGAUUUAUUAUGACGACUGUCGGUGGUUUCCGAUGUCAAUCAUGGUCCUCUAAACAACCGUUUUAUAAAAUCAGUACCAACAUAACUGAUGCAGAUUUUCCAGAAAGAUCUGUGAAGUUGGCUAAAAAUUAUUGUAGAAAUCCCACCCAGGAUCUAAGAGGACCCUGGUGUUAUACAUUAGAACCUACAGUUAUCGAUGAUGAGUGCGCUAUUCCGCUUUGUAAUUACGGAAAUUGUAUUAUAACGGGACCAGGAGCUGAAUACGGUGGAAGUCGUAGUUUUAGUGCUUCAAGAAGAAAAUGUAAAUCUUGGAACAAAAGAUACAAACUUGGCAAUGCAAAAAGUAUUAAAUUCGAUAAUAAACAUUUCCCUGACGGAUCAAGGACAAAAGCAAAUAAUUUCUGUAGAAAUCCAAAUGAUGAUGUUGGUGGUCCUUGGUGUUAUGUGGAGGAAAAAGGUUCUGAAUUAAUAAGAAAAGAAUACUGCGAAAUUCCAUUCUGCGAUGACCGAGAUUGCUUAAUGUAUUCUCGAAAUUCAUCAACCUAUUCUAUACUAACAAGAUUAAAUAAUACUUAUGGAAAUAUAUCCUUUUGGAUAAAACUCUGGAAUCCUCUCGAUGAACAAAAUGCAGAAGCUAGGAUCUUACUAAGUUUACUUCCAAUUCCGUCUUCUGCCGAGAAAAUUGCCCAAAACUGGAAAGCUGGAGUAGAACUUUUAAUUUCAAACAGUGUUAGCGGUCAAACAUAUCCUGUUACUGAUAACAGACAUGUUUUCCAAGAUACGCCCCAGAUAUUACUUAGUUCUAACUGGACUGGUUUAUGGAUCACAUGGGGUGGUGGUUUUAUAUCACUCGGAAUUCACGGUACAUCCAAGCCAUUGAUUACGGAUGAGUACAAAACAAAAAAUAGUAUUUCGAGUUUAUACCCCGACCAUUUUCUGCAUUACGGCGUUAUGGGCACUGGUGUAUUAUGGAGCACAGAAUUUUGUCAAAAUUAUUGCGAAAGUUAUAUAACUUUUGGGGAUGAGUUCUUAACUGUUUGGCCGAUGCGAAAGAAUAACGAUACACAGGAUGUGCGUUUUUACGUUCGAGCUAACCGUGAUAUAAAAAUACGAUUAUAUCAGAGUCCUGCAGUACGGUUUCCUUGUUUCACAGUGGAAAUCAGACAUAACGACAUUAUAUCUUUAUUAUAUCAAGAAAAUGAGAUAGCAGUAAAACAGUAUUUGAAAGAAGUUAUAAUUAAAGAGUCGCUCGAUUAUUGGGCUUGGAAAGAGUUCACUAUCAGCAUUUUCGGGACAUACUUGAGUUUAAUUUCACAACAUGAAUCUGAGAGUAAGGAAAUUUUCUUUGUAAAUCAUAAUUUACUGACUACUUUACGUUGGUUCAGUGUCGGGAGUAACGGAACGAUAGCAUAUUGGACAAUUUUUUGUCCACCCGACCCAACGGAAGCAAUAGAAGAUCCUCAGCCUCCAAACUGCAUUCAUAAUACUGCCGAUUAUCAAUAUCAUGGAACUCAAUGGACAAGUGAAAAAGAACUUCCUUGUGUACCAUGGGUAGAAAAAGAGAUACCGGACAACGAGAAGAUUGCCGACAAUUUUGUCGAUAGAUCUAUCACCAAGGUUUUAAACAGAUGUAGGAAUCCAAGUCAUGAUCCCAGUGGGCCUUAUUGUUAUACGAUUUCCACUUCACAUGCUACGGACGUCACAAAACAAUAUUGUUCCGUUCGAGUUUGUAGAUCAUCAGAAUGUCGGAUGGCAGGGACUGCUAAUGAUUACAUAGGUACCCUAUCGACGACUCGUUCAGGUCGAAUAUGUGCAAAGUGGUUGAGCGAUUACGAUCUCGAACAGAUGCAAAAACCUAACGCAUCGUUGACGACCGAUAUUCCUUCUGAGACUUCGAAUAUAACUCGUAUAAAAUAUUCUUUGAUGAAGCAAAAUAUCUCAUUGAGAUCAUUAUUCACAAAAUCGCCGUUGCGUCCAUCGCCAAAAUCACUAACAAAAUCAAAAUUUACGGCUGUAAAACCUAUUCAUAGUGUCAAUCAAGCGUAUUGGAAUAACAGUCUCUAUCCUGAGCAUAGUGUUCGAAAUGCCAGUAACUAUUGUAGAGAUCCUUCACGCAAUAUUGCUGGUACUUGGUGUUAUACGACGGAUCCAUUAGUUCCGCAAGAUCUUUGCGAUGUAAGAGAUUGCGAGAAGCCAGAGGAAUGUACAUUUUUUGUGAAAGGACUCGGCAUUGGACGACGUUUAUAUGUUUUGCCGGAGCAUCGUACGGAAGGUUUGCAUUUUUCGUUGAAAGCAUGGGAACCUGAUCGGCCUGACUCCAUAACGUUUGUAUUUACCGCCGAUGACGGAUUGAAAUCUCGUUACAUUCUCAAGAUUGGAGCUUUAGAUAAUGAAAAAGUUCUUCUCUAUUAUCAAUCGGAAGAAAAAGAAAUAGCCUUGGUGAAGAAAAAAACGUUACCGCAUUUGUUGUACCUUGGCAAAUGGAGCAGCUUUGUUAUUCGCAUACCUCGAGGACGCGUUCUUAUUUAUUACUCAGCAGUAUCGGAUCCACUUUUCGAAUGGGAACAUCCCGAGCCAGCCAAAGCUUUCUUACCGGUCUAUUAUUAUUAUAAUAGCGAAAAUGGACACGCGAUAGGAGUCGCUUUUGAUUGUGCCACAAGAUGUCACAUAGAGAAUACGCAAACCGAACGCUACACGAGAAUAUUACCGAUAUCGACGUGGUCUAAGGAAAACGUGGUCAGACCUAAUAAAUUAACACUGAUGAUACGUGCUAAAGGAGUCGUUUGGAUACCCUUAUUUCUGUUGCCCGCGACACCGGGAUUUUAUGAGCUCAUGCUCAGUGAACAAAGCCGGUGGAUACAUUUUUUGAAAAACACAUAUCCCAGCAUGAAAGUUUAUCACAAACAAAAAACCCGCAAGCCGAUAUUUACCACCAAUUCCUGGACGAAUCUCACCAUAAAAUGGUCGGGAUAUACAAUCAACAUAUUCUGCAACGAGACAAACGUAUUUCAUUAUGUGCAUCGCCGACCACUCAUCUUCUACUUCUUUUCACUUGCUGUGGACGCAGGAAGUUGGGCAACAUGGAGCGCAAACUGUAUACCGUCAGAUGGCGGAUGGUCCGAAUGGGGACCCUGGGCGUGCAGUGCUAGCUGUAAUGGCGGCAUAGGGACCAGAAAACGAUAUUGCAAUUCACCGGAACCUAACGUGAAAGGUGAACCAUGCAUAGGGCCAAGCAGUAUGACCGGUCGUUGCAACAUGAUUCUUUGUGGCGAUAUAUCCGAUGAUACCGUGACUUUGAUAAAGAAGGGAAUCGCGCAAAAUUAUACUGCUCUUACCGUGCAAGAAGGAGAGCCGAUAUCGCUCCCUUCUGUUUCAAAUAUCGUGAAUAUCAUUAGAGUCGAAUCGCCCGAUUCGGAGCUACAGUGGUCUCAUAAUGGCAUUUUCCUUCAAGAGGAAGAGCAUAGAUUAGAAAUUAAGGAUUAUGAGAUCAUAAUAGGUAGAGCAAUGUUGAACGACUCGGGUGUAUAUACGUUCACUGUGCAUCGAAUAGACGGGACGUAUAUGAUAUUUAAGGUAGUGACAUUGGCAGUAAUUCCAAUAAAGGAAAGUGUCACUAUUCGCGAAACUCUCUCCAUGAACGUAAUAUGCCAUUGCAUUAUCCUCGGCUACAUAUAUUCUGAUCUGAAGAUAUAUUGGAUUAUCAAUGAUAAAGUGUGGAAAGAUUACGGCGUCACGUUGCCCGUAGCUGUGAAUGUAGAUCACCUCUCAGCUGUAAAUAAAUCUCAUCACGGUACGUGGAAGUGCAUCGUGGAGCAAGUUGACCUAAAAUUCAGAUGGACAACAAACGUGAUCCGUCUCAAAGGUACGAGAGAGAGAGAGAGAGAGAGAGAGAGAGAGAGAGAGAGAGAGAGUAAUAUUUAA